UGUUCUGGUUCAUAUCCACUUUAAAUAAAGUAACGUUUGGUUUUCUGUUGAUUCUAUAUUAAUUGUGUCUUUUCUCACCUUUCAGUUGGUUUGAUCCAACAUGGCGGAUCGUCUCCGCAGCUGUUGCCAUGGAGACGGAACACAAAACAAACGCCGCCGACCGCUGCAGCCUGAAAGAGACACAAAGUAGUCCGGCUCAAAGCAGUCCGGCAUACGGUGACGUCACCUCAGCUGAUUCACACCUCCAGUUAUCAACUGAGAAAAGAGGAGCGAUGGCACCCAAGAAAGGUGGAGGAAAGACGGAGGAGGAGAGGCUGAUGCUCCAGCAGCAGAGAGCUCAGGCUGAGGAGGAGAAGGCCAUGAAGGAGGAGGAGAGCCUCACUCUGUUCCUGGAGGACAAGCUGCAGAAGGAGGAGAGGAACACGGAGGUGAACCUGCUGAAGCUGAACGAAGGCUGGAGGUCCAUCCUCCGUCAGAGCCGAGCAGGAGAGCUGCGAGGAAACGUGGAGGUGCUGAGCCAGACCUUUGAGAGGCAGCGGGACGUCCUGGACAACGUCGUCAAGACUCUGCAGCAUGACCUGCAGGGGGCGGAGCUUCAGUGGGCUCAGGUGAGGCGUGUCCACAUGCAUCAGGUGGAGCGUCUGUGUGCUCGGCAGCACCAGAGGGUGACGUUGGUGCAGCAGCAGUGGGAGACAGUCCUGCAGCAGCUGAGCUCCAGGUUCAUCUCCGAGAGGGAGCGGGUGUCGUCUCACUCGCUGCAGUGUCGAGGUGAUGUGGGGGACACCUCCUUCUCGUUGGAGCAGCAGCACAGAGCAGCGAUGGAGGAGAUCUACCAGCUGUACCUGAACUCCAUCAACAACCAGAACUCUGAUGACAAGGAUUUCCGGCAGAUCUGCGACACUGAAGAACAGAAGCUCAAAGACUUGGACAGGGAGGUGAAGAAGGUGAAGAAGACGAAGGAGCUGAAGACCGAAGAGCAGAAGCUCAAAGACCUGCUGGUGGAACAACAGCAGCUGAUCCACAUGAACGACAAGGAGGUGAAGAAGGUGAAGAAGAUGAAGCAGCUGGUUGCUAACAUGUUAGCUACAUCUACUGAUGUGUUGUUCUGCCUUCAUGUGACCAAUCAAACCAAAGAGACUACCCUCCUCUCUCAGGAGACCGUGGUCCACCUGAGGGACAAGCUGAACAAAAGAGAGACAGAAAACCAGUCGGUGGAACAGGAUCUGAAGGACGAGAGGAAAGCGGCGAUCAUGAGGAAUUGCUCGCUCCAGGAUCAGCUGACUCGGGGUCGGGCGGUGGCGAGGAAGCGGCUCACGGAGCUCACGGUCCAGAGCGACGCCGCCGCCAGGAAACUGAAGGCCGCCAUCGCCAAGGGUCCCAAAGUCUUAAGAGUCGCUGAGAUGUGUCGUAAGCUGGAGAGACAGCUGAAGGACGUCCUGUUGGUAGUCCCCCAAGAGGACGAGAGACAGGAGACAACUGGACCCGAGACAGACGGACCAGACAAGGAGAUGUCAGCGUUACAGCAGCUGAUGGGGAAGAUCAACACGUCUGUCCUCCAGACAGAAGCUCUGAGGAAACGGACAGACGAUCUGAACCGAGACAACCGGCAGCUGAGGCUCCUGCUGCGUCAGCGCCAGGACGGCAUGACGGUCGGCGACCAGGACGUCGGCGGUCGCCACGCUCUGCUCACCGUGCACCUGGCCCCGACCACCGCGGCCCCACCGCACGCCGACAGACGGUACAACGUCAUCGAGGGCGUCCACGCCGCCAAACACGCACUGUGACGCUGCAGGAAACACUGAACAUCUUUAUUGAAUUGUAAUCUUCUGUUCUCUGAUGAAACAUGAAAUAAACUUGAUUUCAUGCAAAAUAUUAUAAAUUCAACGUUUACUUUCCGAGCAGCUUUCGACCACAUCUGAAGGUCUUCCUCAGCUACCGUCUCAUUGUUAAUUAGCAUAAAUAAUAAAAACCAUACGAGUCCUGUGUCCAUUCUUAAGGCAGGGGUCUUCAACUAAAAUUCCAAAAGGUCCAGAUUGAGAAAAUCUCCUCGGGCAAAGGUCCGAAACAUUACAA